AUGGAGCGAGGACAAGUUAAAUCAAGAAUUCCAACAGGAUCAAGGAUUCCCAGAAGAUCAUCGGCCAGUCAGGAGACUGGAGUUAGGCCGGGAAAACAUCGUUCUUCAAACAAAGGUGUUCAGAAUGCAAGCGAACAACAAUCGGAAGAAAAUCAUAAAAUAUGGUUUUUGAACUACAAUGACCCGAACGUUGAGAGGAUUGAGGACGAAACUCCGCCGAUGCUGGUACCUAGUGAUAUCCAGGUCUCGUAUGGGGAUUUCAUUGAUUCGAAUACAGAGUGGAUCGAGGAUAUAACUCCGCCGCAGCUCGUUCCUAGUGAUAUCCAGGUAUGGUUUGGGAAUUUAAUUGAUUCGAAUGCAGAGUUGAUCGAGGAUAUAACUCCGCCGCAGCUCGUUCCCAGUGACACACAUCUGGAGGAUGACAUCGAUGAUGUGUGUGACUGGGAACCAGGAGAUAUUCCAGAGAUCAAUUAUGCAAUUUUUAAGCGGAUAAAAGCUGAGAGAGAUCUCUGCAAAAUGAAGGCGGAGAACGAAAAACUUCAGCAGGAAAAUCAGCGACUGAAGGCAAAAACAGGCGUAAGCCUAAUAAGUCGAUGCUGCUUCCGGUUCCUACUGUUCAUGGUGGGCGAGGUGGCGGAAUCGAUUUUCAGCUCAUUUUAAAUUAAUCGUAUGAACUGAAUGUGGUGGUGGAUGUUUGUGUGUGUUAUGUUUGGCUUUCUUCUUGUUGCAAGUUGUUAUUUUGUUUUGUUCUGUUUUCGUUAUACCAUUCCAUGUAGCAGAUUUUACUU